UCAUACUCUGUAUGAGCAUAAAGUUGUGCUCUCUUUCCUCUAUUAUCAGUGUUGGCACUUUCACAGUGAAGCAACAUGUCCUGGUCAACUAUAUUUUUCAUUUGCAUGGCUCUGAUGCUCUCUACACAAACAGCAGAUGGAUAUAAGAAUUCUAGGUUGACACACUGUGUGUUCUCCUCAAAUUACCUGCAUGAUGCAGAGUAUAUAGACUCUUAUGUUUUCAACAAAGUUGAGAACAUCAGAUUCAACAGCACUGUGGGUCACUUCGUUGGAUACACUGAGAUUGGCAUUAAGAAUGCAGAAGCAUGGAAUAAAGGACCAGAGCUGGCUCAGGAGAAAACCCGGCUGGAGGGUUACUGCAAGCAUAACGCUGCUAUUUUUUACAGCAACAUACUGGAUAAACACGUGAAGCCCUCUGUCAGACUUAGCUCAGGGUCACCCUCUAGUGGCAGACACCAUGCCAUGCUCGUGUGCAGAGCCUAUGACUACUACCCCAAACAAAUCAAAGUGACCUGGAUGAGGGACGGACAGGAAGUGACCUCAGACGUGACCUCCACAGAGGAGCUGGUUGAUGGAGACUGGUACUACCAGAUCCACUCCCAGCUGGAGUACACGCCCAAGUCUGGAGAGAAGAUCUCCUGCAUGGUGGAGCAUGCCAGCCUGGACAAGCCCAUUGAGGAGCACUGGGACCCGUCCCUGCCUGAGUCUGAGAAGAGUAAGAUUGCCAUUGGAGCGUCUGGGCUGGUGCUGGGUCUGGUCCUAACCCUGGCUGGACUCAUCUACUACCAGAGGAAGAAAUCUAACGGGCGGACACUUGUGCCAAGUGGCUAGGGUAAGAGGGCAGUUGAAAGGUCAUCGAAGGGCACCAGGAAUGAUUUCUGUCAAUGAUUUUAUCUCAUGAUUGUGAAUUGUAACUUUUUGCAGCUCUGUAUUCAUAUCAACUACUAAACAUGGACCUGAAAGUACGACUUCCUUCUAAAUAUAAUCAUAUUCUUUGUUAACCUAAAUUGACAAUGGAGUGUAAUAUAUUUACUGCAUAUAAUCAAUUAUGUCUUAGUACAUACAAAAUGUGCACUGAUACUAUUCUUUAGAUUCACACACAAAAAAUUUGAGUAUAAUAUGAAUAACUCAGUUGUACUGAUAUAUAUAAAUAAAAGUAAUAGCUACAGAAAAUGGGUUGGGGUCCGUUUAAAUUCAAGUGUUGUUGUGUGCCAACUGAAAAGCAUAAACAGGGCAACUGACAGGAGUAAAUUAUGAGUCUGACACUCAACAUCUACUGAGACACUGCGUGAUUCUGUCUGUUAGAGACCAUCUACUGAGACACUGUGUGAUUCUGUCUGUUAGAGACCAUCUACUGAGACACUGUGUGAUUCUGUCUGUUAGAGACCAUCUACUGAGACACUGUGUGAUUCUGUCUGUUAGAGACCAUCUACUGAGACACUGUGUGAUUCUGUCUGUUAGAGAGUAGUGUUUGUUCAGUUUCCAGGUAAAAAUGUCAAUCUAUUAGUCAAUCACAAAUCUAAUCAAUUAGUUUUUCUUUCUUUGUGAAAUACAGUUUUGUGCAUUGAGCUUGGUAAGAAAUGUGGUGGUUUCAGAUUCUGUGUUGUUCUGGCUUAAUAAUUUCCACUGUCUGAUUGCAUCUUUUGAAUAAAUCUAUUAAACAUU